AUGGUGUCCGUACAGCGCCCCCCUGCGGAUGGCGUCCAUACUGCGCCCCCUAAAGAUGGUGUCCGUGCUGCGCCCCCUGCGGAUGGCGUCCAUACUGCGCCCCCUAAAGAUGGCGUCCGUACUGCGCCCCCUGCGGAUGGCGUCCGUACUGCUCCCCCUGCGGAUGGCGUCCGUACUGCGCCCCCUGCGGAUGGUGUCCGUACUGCGCCCCCUGCGGAUGGUGUCCGUACUGCGCCCCCUGCGGAUGGCGUCCGUACUGCUCCCCCUGCGGAUGGCGUCCAUACUGCGCCCCCUAAAGAUGGCGUCCGUACUGCGCCCCCUGCGGAUGGCGUCCGUACAGCUCCCCCUGCGGAUGGCGUCCGUACUGCGCCCCCUGCGGAUGGCGUCCGUACUGCGCCCCCUAAAGAUGGUGUCCGUGCUGCGCCCCCUGCGGAUGGCGUCCGUACUGCGCCCCCUAAAGAUGGUGUCCGUACUGCGCCCCCUAAAGAUGGCGUCCGUACUGCUCCCCCUGCGGAUGGCGUCCCUACUGCGCCCCCUGCGGAUGGCGUCCAUACUGCGCCCCCUAAAGAUGGUGUCCGUGCUGCGCCCCCUAAAGAUGGUGUCAGUACUGCGCCCCCUGCGGAUGGCGUCCGUACUGCUCCCCCUGCGGAUGGCGUCCGUACUGCUCCCUCUGCGGAUGGCGUCCGUACUGCGUCCCCUGCGGAUGGCGUCCGUACUGCUCCCCCUGCGGAUGGCGUCCGUACUGCGCCCCCUGCGGAUGGCGUCCGUACUGCUCCCUCUGCGGAUGGCGUCCGUACUGCGCCCCCUGCGGAUGGCGUCCGUACUGCGCCCCCUGCGGAUGGCGUCCGUACUGCGCCCCCUAAAGAUGGCGUCCGUACAGCGCCCCCUCCGGAUGGCGUCCGUACUGCGCCCCCUGCGGAUGGCGUCCGUACAGCUCCCCCUGCGGAUGGCGUCCGUACUGCGCCCCCUGCGGAUGGUGUCCGUACUGCGCCCCCUGCGGAUGGCGUCCAUACUGCGCCCCCUGCGGAAGGCGUCCAUACUGCUCCCCCUGCGGAUGGCGUCCAUACUGCGCCCCCUAAAGAUGGUGUCCGUGCUGCGCCCCCUGCGGAUGGCGUCCAUACUGCUCCCCCUGCGGAUGGCGUCCGUACUGCUCCCCCUGCGGAUGGCGUCCAUACUGCGCCCCCUAAAGAUGGCGUCCGUACUGCGCCCCCUGCGGAUGGCGUCCGUACAGCUCCCCCUGCGGAUGGCGUCCGUACUGCGCCCCCUGCGGAUGGUGUCCGUACUGCUCCCCCUGCGGAUGGCGUCCGUACUGCUCCCCCUGCGGAUGGCGUCCCUACUGCGCCCCCUGCGGAUGGCGUUGCGGAUGGCGUCCAUACUGCGCCCCCUAAAGAUGAUGGUGUCAGUACUGCUCCCCCUGCGGAUGGCGUCCAUACUGCUCCCCCUGCGGAUGGCGUCCGUACUGCUCCCUCUGCGGAUGGCGUCCGUACUGCGUCCCCUGCGGAUGGCGUCCGUACUGCGCCCCCUGCGGAUGGCGUCCGUACUGCGCCCCCUGCGGAUGGCGUCCGUACUGCGCCCCCUGCGGAUGGCGUCCGUACUGCUCCCCCUGCGGAUGGCGUCCGUACUGCGCCCCCUGCGGAUGGCGUCCCUACGGCGCCCCCUAAAGAUGGUGUCCGUACCGCUCCCCCUGCGGAUGGCGUCCGUACUGCGCCCCCUGCGGAUGGCGUCCCUACUGCGCCCCCUAAAGAUGGUGUCUGUACUGCGUCCCCUGCGGAUGGCGUCCGUACAGCUCCCCCUGCGGAUGGCGUCCGUACUGCGCCCCCUGCGGAUGGUGUCCGUACUGCUCCCCCUGCGGAUGGCGUCCGUACUGCUCCCCCUGCGGAUGGCGUCCCUACUGCGCCCCCUGCGGAUGGCGUUGCGGAUGGCGUCCAUACUGCGCCCCCUAAAGAUGGUGUCCGUGCUGCGCCCCCUGCGGAUGGCGUCCAUACUGCGCCCCCUAAAGAUGGUGUCAGUACUGCUCCCCCUGCGGAUGGCGUCCGUACUGCUCCCUCUGCGGAUGGCGUCCGUACUGCGUCCCCUGCGGAUGGCGUCCGUACUGCUCCCCCUGCGGAUGGCGUCCGUACUGCGCCCCCUGCGGAUGGCGUCCGUACUGCGCCCCCUGCGGAUGGCGUCCGUACUGCUCCCCCUGCGGAUGGCGUCCGUACUGCGCCCCCUGCGGAUGGCGUCCCUACGGCGCCCCCUAAAGAUGGUGUCCGUACCGCUCCCCCUGCGGAUGGCGUCCGUACUGCGCCCCCUGCGGAUGGCGUCCCUACUGCGCCCCCUAAAGAUGGUGUCUGUACUGCGUCCCCUGCGGAUGGCGUCCGUACCGCUCCCCCUGCGGAUGGCGUCCGUACUGCGCCCCCUAAAGAUGGUGUCUGUACUGCGUCCCCUGCGGAUGGUGUCCGUACUGCGCCCCCUGCGGAUGGUGUCCGUACUGCGCCCCCUGCGAAUGGUGUCCGUACUGCGCCCCCUGCGGGUGGUGUCCGUACUGCGCCCCCUGCGGAUGGCGUCCGUACUGCUCCCCCUGCGGAUGGCGUCCCUACUGCGCCCCCUGCGGAUGGCGUUGCGGAUGGCGUCCAUACUGCGCCCCCUAAAGAUGGUGUCCGUGCUGCGCCCCCUGCGCAUGGCGUCCAUACUGCGCCCCCUAAAGAUGGUGUCCGUACUGCUCCCCCUGCGGAUGGCGUCCGUACUGCUCCCUCUGCGGAUGGCGUCCGUACUGCGUCCCCUGCGGAUGGCGUCCGUACUGCUCCCCCUGCGGAUGGCGUCCGUACUGCGCCCCCUGCGGAUGGCGUCCGUACUGCUCCCUCUGCGGAUGGCGUCCGUACUGCGCCCCCUGCGGAUGGCGUCCGUACUGCUCCCCCUGCGGAUGGCGUCCGUACUGCGCCCCCUGCGGAUGGCGUCCGUACUGCGUCCCCUGCGGAUGGCGUCCGUACUGCGUCCCCUGCGGAUGGCGUCCGUACUGCGCCCCCUGCGGAUGGCGUCCCUACGGCGCCCCCUAAAGAUGGUGUCCGUACCGCUCCCCCUGCGGAUGGCGUCCGUACUGCGCCCCCUGCGGAUGGCGUCCCUACUGCGCCCCCUAAAGAUGGUGUCUGUACUGCGUCCCCUGCGGAUGGCGUCCGUACCGCUCCCCCUGCGGAUGGCGUCCGUACUGCGCCCCCUAAAGAUGGUGUCUGUACUGCGCCCCCUAAAGAUGGUGUCUGUACUGCGUCCCCUGCGGAUGGUGUCCGUACUGCGCCCCCUGCGGAUGGUGUCCGUACUGCGCCCCCUGCGGAUGGUGUCCGUACUGCGCCCCCUGCGAAUGGUGUCCGUACUGCGCCCCCUGCGGGUGGUGUCCGUACUGCGCCCCCUAAAGAUGGUGUCCCGUACUGCGCCCCCUAA